UUAUAAAAACCUCAACCCCUUGUGGAAUGAGACCUUUUCUUUACCUGUGAAGGAUCUGAAUCAGAAGCUGUACAUCAAGGUAUAUGACCGUGACUUGACAUCUGAUGACUUCAUGGGUUCUGCCAGUGUCCUCCUGAGUGAUGUGGAGAUUGACAAAGUCAACGAACUGUGCUUAGCCUUGGAUGACCCAAACAGCCUGGAAGAGGACAUGGGCGUCGUGCUGAUGGACAUGAGGCUGUCACUCAGAGAUGGAGAUGGCAAAAGAGGCCAUUCGGCUGGUUCUUCUCAGAGCUUCCGUCUGUCAGAGACACUGAAGAAGAGUCAGCUGUGGACGUCUGUUGUGUUAGUGACUCUGGUCCAGGGUCAGGAUCUGCCACUGGACACUCAGGGAGGUCAGCUCUUUGUUCGCUUCAAACUGGGAGAGCAGAGAUACAAAAGCAAGAACCAUUGCAAAGUGGCCAACCCUCAGUGGAGAGAGAGGUUCACCUUUAAUCAGUUCUUGGACAGUCCAGAAAUCCUGGAGGUGGAGCUCUGGUCCAAGGAAGGGCGACGGACUGAGGAGUGUUUGGGAACGUGUGAGGUGGACUUGUCCAGGAUCCCUUUCGAUCAGAGGCAGCUGUUCACACACACCCUGGACCAGGGCAGAGGGCGCUUGGUCUUCCUGCUCACACUGAAAACAUGCAGCGGCGUCUCCAUCUCUGACCUCUGUGCCGCACCACUUGAUGAGCCUCAAGAACGACAGAACCAGCUGGACAACUAUUGUUUGAAAAAGUCCCUGAAAACCCUCCAUGAUGUUGGUUAUCUUCAAGUCAAAGUUAUCAAGGCUACAGAUCUUCUGGCAGCUGAUUUAAAUGGCAAGAGUGACCCUUUCUGCGUGUUGGAACUAGGGAAUGACAGACUUCAGACCCACACAAUCUAUAAGAACCUUAACCCAGAAUGGAAUAAAGUCUUCACAUUCCCUGUCAAAGACAUUCAUGAUGUUCUGGUGGUGACCAUCUUGGACGACGAUGGAGACAAGGCGCCAGACUUUCUGGGAAAAGUUGCCAUUCCCCUGCUCUCGAUUCGCAGGGGACAACAGGUCACCUUGUCACUGAAGAAGGAAGACCUGGGUGGGCUGUCGAAGGGCAGCAUCACUCUGGAGUUGGAUGUUAUUUUUAACCCUGUCAGAGCAAGUAUAAGAACAUUCCAACCCCGAGAGAGAAGAUUCGUGGAGGAGAAUCCUAAAUUUUCUAAAAAGGCUCUGGCCAGGAACGUGCUGCGUGUUCAGACGAUGUGCAGGGCUAUCAUCUUGACUCUGCAGUACAUUAAAAGCUGCUUCCAGUGGGAGAGUGUUCAGAGGAGCCUGCUAGCUUUCCUGGUGUUUGUGGUGACUGUAUGGUACUGGGAGUUUUACAUGCUGCCCCUCUUCCUGGUUUUACUCAUCUUGAGGAACUACCUCUGGAUCCGCUCAGGCCGGGUCAGCCAGGACCUGGAGAAUGUGGUUUUCGUGGAUGAGGAUGAGGACGAUGAGAAGGAGUCAGAAAGGAAAGGGCUGAUGGACAAAAUCCACAUGGUCCAAGAAACGAUCAUCAUGCUUCAAAACCUGCUGGGCGAGAUUGCCUGCUUUGGGGAGAGGAUUAAAAACACAUUCAACUGGUCUGUGCCGUUCCUGUCCAGCUUGGCUGUCCUGGUCUUUGUCAUUGCAACAGUCCUCACAUACUACAUUCCUCUACGCUACAUAGUUUUAUUGUGGGGCAUCAAUAAAUUCACCAAGAAAUUACGGAACCCGUACAGCAUCGACAACAAUGAAGUGCUUGAUUUUCUGACAAGGGUGCCUUCAGAUGUGCAGAAGGUACAGUACAGUGAGAUGAGAGUCAGUAGGAAGAAGAAGAUCUUGUAGAAUGCAGGAGGACGUGAUGAAAAUGGGACCCAAUGCUGCUGUUUGUGGGCUUUCUAGCUAAGAACUGGUACCAGUGGAUGUGCUGGGGGUCUGCAAAAUCUCACUUUUUCUUGGUUUCAGGAUGUGUGGUGGGUAUGACUCUUAAUUUGCUGUGGUGAUGCACAGCUCUGCACCAGCACUUAAAGACCCCACAACCAAACUCGUCCACGCUGAGGACCCUGCAGAGAUUAUUUUAACACAUUUUACUAAUGUGUCUGUCUGUGGAUUUCAGGAGCAGUUUGUAUUAUCAUUCCCAAAGAUUGUAGAUAUUUUGUUGUAUGUAGUUUAUUUUAGAUAUUUUAGAUUUAUUAUUUUAGAUACUCAAUCAGAAGCUGCUUUAUUUUAUAUUUCUGGUCCCUGUCCUAACCAACUGAAUGUAUAUGUUGGGUAUGCAACAUUUCUGUGUAUAUUCCUCCAUAAUUUGUAUUGACAGAUAUGAAGGCUUCAGUUCCAAAAUGAAAAAAGUAACAAAACUGUGGCUGGAACAAAAGUAAAUCUCAUUAGGGGUAACUUAAAGGGUAGAAGCUGUCCUAAGCAUUUCUUUUACAAAAUAUUUUUAAGUGCGGUUUUAAAUAUUAAUGAUCAAUUUCCAAAUUGAACUUUUCAUAUUUUGAGAUGCAGGAGGAUGUGAUGAAAUGGAAUUGGAUCCAAAUGAUGAUUAAAUCCAAUACCAUUUCAAGAGUUCGUAGCAGAUGUUAUGCAUCAAAUACUUCAUUUCUUAUAUUUACCUUUAAAAAUUGAUGAAGAACUACUGUAUGUGCAUACAGUGCUAAUUGUCCUUCAACAUGAAAAUAUGGAUUUAUGUUUACUUGCCAAGAUGAGUGCCUGCAUUUAGCUUUAGAUUUUCAUUCAUUCUACAUAGAGGAUGCACUGUAAGUGUAACUUUAUCAGUGACUGUCACUGAUGUGGGCUUUGUGUUCUUCAUUUCUAGCAGCAAUAAAUGCACACACAA